AUGGACGCUUUGAAAUUCAUGUGUUUAGUAACGUAUGUUAUGCUUAUUGUGAAAAAAGAAAAUAUGAUUCCGGAGAUAGGAAAAGACAAUGUUUCCGUACCAGGGUUAAACACUGAAAGAAUAAUUGAUAUACUCAAUAAUAACGAAAUUAUGGCGAAAAUAUUUCCACUCGAUAAUCAUUCUAAUGUUAGAGUAGAAAUGUUAAAAUUCUUAGGUGGUCAAGAAGUCAAUGUAAUAGAUAAUCUUGUCGCUGAACUAAAAAAAAUUAAAAACGCAAAGGGAGGCAAUCCUGCUCAAAACAAGUUAACUAUAUUUGAUAUAUUACAAAAUAUUGAGUUAUUUAAAAAGUUAUUUGCAAUGAAAGAGUAUGCAGAUGUGAAAAUGAAAAGUUACUUUGGCGUCGACUUUGGUCAACUUAAAAACGAGAUCGUUGAUGAAAUUAAUAAAAAUAAUGCACAAAUAGAUCAGGAAACUAGUAUUUUCAGUUCUGUCGUUCCCAAAUCAGUAUCCAACGCGCUAAUGGCUGUAUAUAAGGUCGGCCUAAGAAAAGCGAAUGACCAAAUGGGAAGUGUCAAUGUAGAUAUCCAAAAGCAAGCUGAUCGAAUGAUGAAAGCUCCUGGUUCGUCCGAAACUGAAAGUACUGCAUUGGGAUUAUUUAGAAAAGCCAUAAAUAUGGCACCCAAACCAGUUGUAUACGGCCUAGCUGGAGGGAAGGUCGUGGCAAACCGAUUCAGUAGUUACUUUAGAAAGACAAACAGUGAUGCACCAACUAACAGCGAAGUGGCUGUUACACCAAACAAUUGA